AUGACGACAGACUAGGGGCGGGUCUUGUCUAUGUAGUCCACUUCCUGCUUCUCUGCCCUGGUUUUGCCUGAUCAGCUGCAUCAACCCUUUAUCCGACGAAAGACACAAUGUCACAUCAAACGGGCAUUCAAGCGGGUAAUGAUGUGAAGGAUAUCUUUGCCAGUGCCAGGAGCGGAGACCAAUAUCGAGUCUUAAAGAUCGUCAUUGAGGAUGAGCAGCUGUCUCUGGACACCACCAAGAAAGCAUCAAAGAAGUGGGACCAGGAGUAUGAUUCCUUAGUGCUGCCCCUCCUCGAGGCUGACGUGCCCUGCUAUAUUCUGUACCGGCUGGACUCCACUAACAACCAGGGCUACGAGUGGAUCUUCCUGGCCUGGUCACCAGACCAGUCUACUGUGCGACAUAAAAUGUUAUAUGCUGCUACCAGAGCCACAAUCAAGAAAGAGUUUGGAGGCGGGCACAUUAAGGAUGAGAUUUUUGCUACCACAAAGGAUGAUUUGAAUCUCAGUGGCUACAGGAAAUAUCUGACCUCGCAGGCUGCUCCCCUGCCCCUCACUGCUGCAGAGGAGGAACUGAGACGGAUUAAACUAAAUGAGGUGCAGACGGACAUUAGUGUGGACACCAAGCAGCAGACUCUGCAGGGAGUGGCCUUCCCUAUUCACAAAGAUGCCGUUGCAGCACUUGAACGUUAUAGGAACAAAAAAAUCAACUACGUACAACUGCAAGUAGACGCCGAACAGGAGCUGAUUCGGUUGUGCAGCACUGAGCCAACAGAGGUGAAAGACCUGCCAAUGAGAAUCCCGAAAGAUUCUGCACGUUACCACUUCUUCCUCUACAAACAUUCCCACGAAGGCGACUAUUUAGAGUCCACAGUCUUCAUUUAUUCUAUGCCUGGGUACAAGUGUGGCAUCCGAGAGAGGAUGCUGUAUUCCAGCUGCAAAAAUCCCUUGGUCGACAUGGUGGAAAACAAUCUCCAGAUUGAUAUUGAGAAAAAGUUGGAGAUUGACAAUGGGGACGAACUGACCAGUGAUUUCCUGUACGAGGAGGUGCAUCCCAAGCAGCAUGCACACAAGCAGGCCUUUGCCAAGCCCAAAGGCCCUGCUGGGAAGAAGGGUGGCCGCCGCAUCACCCGGCCACCUGCAGAGAGAGAGGAGGAAGAUUAAACAGACCUCAGCAUCUGGCCACCACCUCCACCCAGAGCACGUUCCACAGUGGAACAUUCCUGUGAUGGGGGGGAAAUCAUAUUUGACACGCUUGUUUAAAAGAAUAAGACAACUUCAAAUUCCCGCAAAGUUCACCAGAGACCCAACUAUGCACGCCAAGGACAACUGAGCAAUGACACUUCAGAAUUUCCAUUUGUAGCUUGCCAAAUGGAAGCAUAUUUGUGUAUGUAAGUUCAGCCACAAAAAUUAAUUUACAGUGAUUCAAAGAGGCUCAAACAAAGUCAAACUUGAGAUUUUUACAUUGUUGCCAACUCUGAGACUUUAAAAAUGUUAGUGUGACUAAUGUGAACUUGCGCCAUUAUGAUAAAAUUCCCCCAUUUUGAGUUCACAUGCUCAAAUUCUUAACUUGCAUUCCUUAAGUCUGUGUCAAUUAAUGUUUUUGUGUCUAAUGUGUUGAACAUUUGUCUCCUACUGUUUGCACAAUGAGGUGCUCCAAAGCAGAAAAGAUAUAUAUCCCACUUGUGUCCAUUGAUUCGUUUUAACAGUGCAUUUUAUAUUGGAAAAUUUACUUCUUUUUUGAUAUAACUGUGGUUUACAUGAAAAAUCAUCUGCUGAGAAACUUAUUUUUCUAUGCAAGUGCUGUAAAUGUACAUAUUGUAGCUGUGUGAUGCUCUAUGAUUAAGAAACAGUCUGGUCUGGUCUGUUCUGGUGAUUGUUAGUGUCGGUGAGGAUCACAGUGGAAAGAACAGGGGCUUCCAGAAAUAUUACAUCAAUACAUCUCAUAUUUCACAAAGAGGAAGCUACUCAAACUUUUCUGGCUCCCAUACAAGUGGGAACCCAAGCAACCGGAUAGGAAAGGGAAUUCUAUAAGUACCUUGGUUAAAAUGUUGCCACAUCCACUGGUCUACUGAUUAAUAUUAGUCAAACUACUAAGCUCACCUCAUCAAAGGGGAAAUCCCUUUAUCUUCAUACAGUGUCAUUAUAAUAGAAAAAAAAUCAUGUUUGGUCUUAUUUGUUUUCUUACAAAUCUUUCUUUUAAAAGAGGAGAAAUAAAAUAUUUAAAUCCUA